AUGUCAAUACACAGGUGUCGGGCAGAACGGCCUUUGCUGCAAGGCCCAUCCAUCAGGACUGACGAACCCGUUCUUUGUGCAUCGGUCUGGAAGGCAACAUCUGCGUAUCAGCCUGCACCGACAGACCCAUGCUUCUCGAAAUCAAUCUUCAAGCCUCGACGCCCAGCCUAUCUGGCUGCAGAGACAAGCAUUGUGUUGCACAUCAAAUGGGGCAUCCGCUCGCCUGUGCAGACACACUCGCAACACGCGGCCCCUGACUUCAAGUGCACUUUUUGCAUGCAACGACGUAUGGAGAGCAAGCAAUUCCCUAUGGUUCGCUUUUCCAGGCUCACCGGGCGGGCUCGUGAACAGGCUGACGGCUACACGCUUCUUGUUUGUGUGUUGAGUACGGAUACAAGACAGAGGAUACCGCCGAAGGUUUCAACGAUCUAUAUCUUGCUUUGCGGUCCGCCGCUUGAAAACGCGUGA